GGGGGCCCGCCGGCUGCAAGCAGGGUCCGUGAGGUCUCCGCGGCGCACAUCGGCUGAAGGAGGGCCUUGGCGGCUUCGGCGGCGACUUUGGCGUCCGUGACAGGGCGCCCCGGGGUCAGGAUGCGGCGGAGCCCCCGACCGGGCUCGGCGGCGUCCUCGCAUAAGCACACGCCUAACUUCUACAGCGACAACAGCAAUAGCUCACUGAAUGCCACCUCGGAGGACAGCAGCGGGCACCGGUCAGCUAGGCCGGGGCCCGGGGAGCCCGAGGGCAGAAGAGCCCGGGGCUCGAGCUGCGGUGAGCCCGCCUUGAGCGCAGGAGUGCCCGGAGGAACCACACGGGCUGGAAGCUCUCGGCAGAAGCCGGCGCCUCGGAGCCACAAAGGGCAGACCGCCUGUGGCGCGGCAACCGUGAGGGGCGGGGCCUCGGAACUGGCUGGCUCUCCCGUAGUCUCUGAGGAGCAGUUCGACCUUCUCCCGACCGUGGAUCUGAGGCAGGAGAUGCCUCCACCGCGCGUGUCCAAGAGCUUCUUGAGCCUGCUGCUCCAGGUGCUGAGCGUGUUGUUGUCCCUGGGAGGAGACGUGCUGGUCAUUGUGUACAGGGAGGUCUGUUCCAUCCGCUUCCUGCUCACGGCCAUGUCACUGCUGAGCCUCUUUCUGGCAGCACUCUGGUGGGGGCUGCUGUACCUGGUUCCGCCUUUGGAGAAUGAACCUAAGGAGAUGCUGACUCUAAGAGAGUACCACGAGCGCGUGCACUCCCAAGGGCAGCAGCUGCAGCAGCUCCAGGCCGAGUUGGACAAACUGCACAAGGAGGUGUCCAGCGUUCGCGCAGCCAACAGCGAGAGAGUGGCCAAGCUCGUAUUCCAGAGAUUGAAUGAAGACUUUGUGAGGAAACCUGACUAUGCGCUGAGCUCUGUGGGAGCCUCCAUCGACCUAGAGAAAACAUCACACGACUAUGAGGUUGCGAACACUGCCUACUUCUGGAAUCGCUUCAGCUUCUGGAACUACGCUCGGCCGCCAACAGUUAUCCUGGAGCCAGGUGUGUUCCCUGGGAAUUGCUGGGCUUUUGAGGGCGACCAGGGCCAGGUCGUGAUCCGGCUACCGGGUCGUGUGCAACUGAGUGACAUCACCCUGCAGCACCCACCGCCCAGUGUGGCACACACUGGGGGAGCCAACAGCGCCCCCCGCGACUUCGCAGUCUAUGGCCUCCAGGUUGAUGAUGAGACUGAAGUUUUCUUGGGGAAAUUCACCUUCGAUGUGGAGAAAUCAGAGAUUCAGACUUUCCACUUACAGAAUGACCCCCCAGCUGCCUUUCCCAAGGUGAAGAUCCAGAUUCUAAGCAACUGGGGCCACCCCCGUUUCACAUGCUUGUAUCGAGUCCGAGCCCAUGGCAUGCGAACUUCAGAGGGGGUAGGGGACAGUGCCACAGGGGAACCCCAUUAAACAUGUUGAUUGUUGGAGUAGA